GUUGAUCAACAAUACCAACUACCACUACCUUUCAAGAAUUUUAACUCAAACCUCCACGUCCCACUACCUAUAAAAGUAUGCAUGUCAUGGUUUAGAUUUCAAUACACAAACAUUCUCCCUUCAUCUCAAUAAGAAGUUUUAUCAUCAAUUUCUCAAUUCUUCUUUGAGUCAUUUGAUUGAAAUUAACAUGGCUUAUCGACGCAUUCCGAACUUUGUGUUACCAUUUUUGGUUCUCACAUUUUGUUUCUUUAUCAAUACCGUGAUGGUUGCCGAGGCACGCCAUUUGCUAGAAACUACUCCUAGUUUUCCAAAGGUGCCUGAGAUUCCAAAACCCGAACUCCCCAAGAUGCCUGCGUUACCAAAGUUCGAAAUUCCUAAGGUUCCUGAAGUACCAAAACCCGAAGUCCCAAAGUUGCCCGAGGUGCCUCAUGAGCUACCAAAACCUGAAAUUCCUAAGAUUCCUGAAGUACCAAAACUUGAAGUUCCUAAAAUGCCCGAGGUACCUCAUGAGUUACCAAAACCUGAAAUUCCUAAGGUUCCUGAAGUACCAAAACUUGAAGUUCCUAAAGUGCCCGAGGUGCCUCAUGAGCUACCAAAACAUGAAAUUUCUAAAAUUCCUGAAGUACCAAAACCCGAAGUUCCUAAAGUGCCUGAGGUGUUUCAUGAGUUGCCAAAACCUGAAACUCCUAAGAUUCCUGAAGUACCAAAACCCAAAGUUCCUGAGGUGCCUCAUGAGCUUCCGAAACCUGAAAUUCCUAAGGUUCCUGAAGUACCGAAACCUGAAGUUCCUAAAGUGCCAGAGGUGCCCCAUGAGUUGCCAAAACCCGAACUCCCUAAAGUUCCUGAAGUCCCUAAGUUACAUGAACUGAGUCAUGAUGAUGCCCCUAAGGUACCUAAAUUGCCAAAACUUGAUGCUCCUAAAUUGCCUGAAUUGCCAAAAUUUGAAGCUCCAAAGGUUCCUGAGUUGCCAAAAUUUGAAGUUCCUAAGUUUCCAGAAUUGCCCCAUGAACUUCCAAAACUUGAAAUUCCAAAACUACCUGAAAUCCCACACGAGCUUCCAAAGCCCACAUUGCCAACCAUUCCCUCCUUCAAUAUUCCAACCCAGACCACUAAGCCUUGAACAUUUAAUGAAAUGUCAAUUUCAUAAUUUACUAGAGAUGAUUUAUCAGACAUUUAUAUACAUACAUCUACAUACACUUUUCGAUGUUGGAUUUAAACAUUUCAUGUUUUGUGUUCUGUUAUAAUUUGUUUUGAAGUAUCUUUAGCUAGCUAAGGGAGUGAUCUUCUUAUGAUCAUUACCAAUAUUGUUGUAUACGUAUACGUGUGCUAGUACUCUUGUACUAAUCGGUUUUAUUCGAUUAUAGUUUGUAUUUAAUUUUGUAUUAUAUAAAUAUAUAUAAGAACUUUAUUUUAUUUUUGUCACAC